AGAGGCAAACAGGAAGGGGAGAGAGAGAUAGCAGCCAGUGUGACAGAUAAGAGCGUGGCAGAACUUGUCUCCCUGACUGCGCCGAGGGCUGGGGAAAGAGAGCGCAAGUGCACCAGAGUGUCAGGCAAGGCAGCUGCCUGCACACACACAAACACACACAUACACACACACACACACACACACACACACACACACACACACACACACACACACGCACACGCACGCACACACACACACACACACACUCACAUAGACCCCUCAACCUGGCUGCACCUGAAGAAGUUCAGAGAGAAGAAGCCUCAAGAAGGUGGGUUGGUGGUAGUUUGGUCCAUGGAUUAACUUGAAUAUUAUGGCUUUCUUCAAACUGAACCUUCUUGUCCUGUAGAGGAGUUGUGUGUCUCCCCUCUAGAAGAACUAGCCUCGUGUUUACAUUCUGAGGGAGGAUGGAGAAGCUGUCAGGGAAAGACAAGGAGCUGAUACGAGGCAGCUGGGAAAGCCUGGGCAAGAACAAAGUUCCUCAUGGUGUCAUCAUGUUUUCCAGACUGUUUGAGCUGGACCCUGCGCUCCUCAGUCUUUUCCACUACAGUACAAAGUGUGCCUCCACACAAGACUGUCUCUCCAGCCCCGAGUUCCUGGAACAUGUCACCAAGGUGAUGCUUGUGAUCGACGCAGCAGUCAGCCACCUGGACGACCUUCACUCCUUGGAGGACUUUCUGCUCAACCUUGGGAGGAAGCAUCAGGCAGUGGGAGUCAGCACACAGUCAUUUGCUGUGGUGGGUGAGUCCCUUCUCUACAUGCUGCAGUGCAGUCUGGGCCAGGCCUACACCGCGCCGCUGCGUCAAGCCUGGCUAAACAUGUACAGCAUCGUGGUUGCAGCCAUGAGCCGAGGGUACGGCGAGAACAAGGCUGACUGAGGUGCACAGCGGGAGCUGAUGAGCAGUUGCUGUCAAAUCACUCAAAAUGGUUGCCAUGGAAUGCUGUAUAUUUGCUCAGUGAGUGGGGUCACAUAGCGUAGCAAAUGUAUGGUGUGGUUACACUUUACAGUUGGAUCGACCAAUCGCAGAGUUUUAUUUUCUUAGCUGUGGAUGUUUAACUACCAGGCGAUGCUGCUGUACAGCUGAGAGGAUCUGAGCCAGCCUGCUGUCUGGGCCUGUAAUCUGAGCGCCUCACACUGAGAAAAAGAAACCAGGAUAACUGUUGAGUCUCUUUUGUAUAUAAUGACUUUGAUAUAUCUACUCAAAUGAUAACAGUGACUAUAGUGGUCUUUGUGAUGUAUCUUAUAAGAGUUGCACAAUUGUGAAACACUUGAUAUUAUAUCUAGGCAUCACACACUACUCAAACUGCGAUGGUAACUGUGGCCAGCAUGGGCAGCUCUCUAUAUAAACAGGAACGCAGUGAUGCUUUACAAAACAUGUUUGAAGUUUUGGGAUGAAGCAUUGUGAUUUUACAGCGGAAAAUCGUAUCACCGUAAUCAUAAUCUUAAUGUGUUUUCUAUUAAUAUUACACAUCAUUACACCUCUUUUUGUGUGUGACUUUGUUAUCUAACAUUUAACCUAACCUAACCUAACCUUUUAAAUUGUAUUCAGUAGAUACUGACAAGAACUGUUAUACUCUCUGAUAGUUUCUUCAGAGAUCUAAGACUGUUAAGGCGUCCACGUACACCGUGGUGUGUGAUGCUCUCCUCAGUAGGUUUCAGCUGACUGUUAAACUCUAACAAAUAGACUGUUAUGUGACCUUUUAGAGUUUGAAAGUAAAAGGGCAUCUUGGAUGAACUGUAACAUCUUUGUUCUUUGGCCAACAUUUUCCAGUCAUUGUUACUGUAAAGUAGUUUUGUUGUGCUGUUGUUACUUAUCUAAUGCUUAUUAACUGUAUUGUUGUGGCUACAAAUGUAGUAUUACCUCGGCUUGAGAGGGGAAGAUGAGCAGAGUGGCCUGUGUUUCUCCAGCACAGAGCUUCUACAUGCAAGUGAAGCUGGAAGUGAAUAUUUGUUUUCAUUUUGUUUUAUGAAACAAAGACAAACUUAAUUGAUUUUUAAAACAAAUAAUACAGAGAUACUGUGUGCUGACACUGUCCAAUAUGUAUGCAUUAUUAUUGCUGCCAUAGCACUGUAUGUAUCAUCCUCAGCUGUUAUUUACAUUCAUGGUCAUAAUGCCAAGUAACUUAGCAACAGUGCGCCAAGUAUUAGAUAAUAACACCAUACAACUGUAAAUCCAAGCUGCUGAUAUGUGGUUAUUAUCGCUUUAGUCUCGGUUUACAUUUAUACAGUUUAUUUUUAUAUACUCUGAAAUGUAUGUGUAGUUAGUAUUUUUUGUUUUACAUGAUGUACUCACAUACAUUACAUUGUGUGGAUUUCCAGUUAAUGAACCCAACAACCAGGCAGAUUUGCUGCUUUUAAUCAGGUUUCAUUUUAAUCCAAAUAAUAGAAACGUUAUCAACUCUUAAUGUGCAGUCAGAAAGAGUUAUUUAUUGAUCAAUUUUAUCCCUGCAUAGUAUGUUCAGUCCAGUCCAGUUCUUUCCAGCAGACAGGUGUAAUGUUUAUUAACUGACUGUGUUGGUGCUGUAUUUGUAGUGAUUCUUUUCUUAGUACUAGUACGCAGCCCUAUGCAGGUUGUUGUUGUUCUCCAUGUCUCUGUUUUCAAUUACCUGAUCUUGGGUAUCUUUAGCAGGCGUGACUGACAACUGGCAUGUUAUCCCGUUAACAUCCAGCUCUGUACAUAUUGGGUGUGUCACUGUCUACCUCAUCAUUAUCAGCUGCUACUGAACAGUGAUGACUUCACCUAGUUAUCCUUCAACCAAAAACGCAAAUUAUUAUUAUUAGAGUUAAUGCAAGCAGGCACUCUUUGUUUACUCUUUGUAAACUGGAUUCUAUCCUACACUUUAAAAAACAACAACGUUGUUCUGUGCUUACUUGAUACUAAAUAAAGUGAUCUUCUGUGGAUAUUUUACUGCUAAA